CGGGACUACAGCGGACAUUCUCACACUGGGGGGAAAACUGACUAACUGUCACUGACAUCCCCAGUGACACUAAAACAGUGAUAAGUGCUAAUAAAAAGCACUAACACUGUACUAAUGGCACUGGGCAGGAAGGAGUUAACAUCUGGGGCGAUCAAAGGGUUAACUGUGUGUGUGUUUUUACAAUGUGCUGUGUCAGCACAUUGCUUUGUAUUGCUCUGCUAUGCAGAGCAAUACAAAGCAGUGUGCAGGAGCUGACAGGGGAGAGAUCUCUAUAAAGAUCUGUAUUGUUUACAUACAGGUCUCUCCCCCCGAAAUGCAAAAUCAU